GAUACUUCCUCACCUUCCUGUGUCAGUGAGCUCAGAAAUAAUAUCUGCAUAUUGUUCAUUUUUAUGGGCCAAAGUAGAAGAAGCAAUAUCCAAACAUUCUUCUUUUAUGGCCAUAGCUAGACUAUGCUCAUCCCCAAGCCACUCCCCUACAAUGUCUCUCACAUCACUUCCAACCUUUCCAACCCUCAAGACACACCACUCUCAUCAACCCAGUAAUUUACCAUCCAAGUUUUGUACAAGUUUGGUUUCUAGUGAUGCAUCAGCAACAGAAGCAGUGGCACUGGCCAAUGCUGCUGUGGAGGCAGCUAGAGAGGCUGUGUCUGCAGCUGCUGAACUUGGGAAAGAGUGGCAUCUUAGAGAGAGUGAUGAUGUUAUGAGUGUAGGAAUUGACACGAGGAGGAAGAGAAGGAGGAAAAAGAGAAAAAGUUUGGGAUGCAUGGAAGAAGAGAAUCAGAACAUCUGCUUAAGGCAGAGUCCAUCUGUGAAGUCUGGAACAUCUGGUUUUUUGAGUUCAAAAGAAGAAGCUGAACUUUGUUUAUCUCUCAAGGAGGGGGCAAGGAUUGAAGUUGCUAACCUGAGAAUCACAGAACAUGAAGGCAAUCCUGCAAUUCCAAAGAGGUUUUCUCAUGGUAAUACAAAUCUGAACAAGGUGUUGAGUAAUACAAGAGAUUUAAGAGCAAAAUUAGCUCGUGAUUAUCGAGCAUUAGUUGCCUCCAUUGCAAUUGGUUAUCAAGGGAAUGGACUAACCCUUCAAGACCUCAUUCAGGAAGGAACCAUUGGACUUCUUCGAGGAGCAGAGAAAUUUGACCCAAAUAGAGGAUGUAAGCUGUCCACUUAUGUUUACUGGUGGAUUAAGCAAGCCAUCAUUAAAGCUGUGACCAAGAAGUCUAGAUUAAUCAGAUUACCGGGAGCCAAGGGUGCGAUGGUUGCAAAAGUUGCGGAGGCGAAUAGUGUCUUGAGAAGAACACUGAAGCGGAGGCCGACAUACCAUGAAAUGGCAGAGAUGCUCAAUGAGAAUGUUUCCACUGUAAGACUUGUUUCUGAAAAGAGCAGGCCACCAAUUUCAAUAGACAAAGCUGUAACUGACUAUGGCAACUUGACUCUUCAGGAUAUACUGCCGGGGCCAGUUGAAAUGAUUCCAGAAAAGAUGGUUGAGAGGCAGCUAGUGAAGCAGGGAGUGGUGAAGCUUCUUAACACACUUAACAAGAGGGAAGCAGAGAUAGUAAGUUUAUACUUUGGACUGAAUGGAUACACCCCUCGCUCUUUUGAGGAAAUAGGAAAGUUGUUGAAACUAUCAAGGGAGAGAGUCAGACAAAUUCAUGGCGUUGCACUGUCAAAGUUGCAGCAGACCGCCCUUGUAGAUAGUCUGAAGUUCUAUGUUGUAUAGAAGAAUGUUUUGUUGAUUAAGAUUAAUGAAAGCAAAAAGAAAAGAAAGUCAAGGAUAUAUAUUAUGAGGAUGUGCUAAACAAAGAGUUGAAAGAUGUCAAGGCAGAGUUUUUGGCUA